GGCUGGCUGGCACCUGGCUGGCACCUGGCAGGCCCCCCGCCCAUGCUACGUUUGGUCCGCUGCGCCCGCCUGUUUGCUGGGCCGCACGCUGGUCAGCGCCGCCCCCAGCGCCGCCUCUCUAUUUAACAUUUCGGGUCCCCCCAUCUUCUUCCACCACACCUCUUGCUCUCGAUAUCUUCAUCACACAAAUCAACAUCUUCAACGCAUAGCGGCUGCUCAAGCUCAUCUCUCCAAAUCUUCAUCCUCCUCCCUUCUCCUCCCACUCUCGCUUUUAGGAAGUCCUCGUUGACUCCUGUCAUUCGCUUUAUCGGUGUAUUUGCUCGCUUCGCUUCUUCGUUGAAAACCCAUCCUCUCCUCCUCUUCCGCCUCUCUUCUUCCAAAUAGUAAAAAAAAAAUACUCUGAUUGUAUCGAACGGCUUUUUGGAUUGAAACAAACAAACAAACGAAACAGAUUACAACAACACAAUAAUCUGUUCUUUUCGUCUUUCGAUUUACACCCGUAGUAGUCGAAGCAACAACAACCUCGCUCGCUUGAAUACCUCCCCCCAAAACCCGACGACUUCUACUCUUCAGUCGACGAUUUUGACAUUCAACCGGCUCUAUGUCCAACGUUUAAACGAACUCUUUUAAUUUACAAACACACCAACCCCACGAUCGCUACCCGUUCUAGGAAUUCUUCGUCCUUUUUUACGAACCCUUCCUCUUUGACUGAAACGCUUUUUGUUUCCGUCUUUUGAUUUGCCGCUUCGCUUCAUCUACACUCGCUAUCUCGACCGCACGGAUUCUUCCUGUGGUCUUUUACGUCUCUCGCUUUACCAACUCAACUCCUUGCAAAAAUGGCUGGUCCCGGUGGCGGUCCUCCUCGUCGCAGCCACACCAAGUCCCGCAAGGGCUGUGAAACCUGCAAGCGUCGUCACAUCCGCUGUGAUGAAAGCUUCCCUCAAUGCAACAACUGCACCAAGCACAAGAUCCGCUGCCCGUACAACGAUGUCAAGGUUGCACCUGAGCCUCAGCGUGCUCCCACUCCCGACAAGGCCGAUCUCAUGUGGACUCCCGAGAUCGAAACCGCUAUUGUCCAGUGGCAGCAGACGGGCGUCUUCCCCUUCCCUUCGCUCAACGUCUUCCCCGAGCCUGUUGCUCAGAUGUACUCGCUUGAGGAUCUGCGCCUCAUCUACCACGUAGCUGCUGUCUACGCCCAGCUCGACUCUAUGGAGGGCAACAACUUCACUCUCUGGACUCGCUAUGUUCCCACCCUGAUCAGCAUCGGUGCUACCAACCCCUUUGUCAUGCAUGCGCUCCUGGCCUUUUCCGCCAUGCACAUUGCUUUCAUCACCGACUGCCGUCUUGUGAGCAACAUGGCCUUUGAGCACCGCGGCAUCGCCCUCUCCGGCCUGCACCUUGCCAUCGGCUCCUUCUCCCCUGAGACCUCUGACGCCAUCCUCGCUGCCUCCCUCGUUCUUUCGUGGCAGGCGGCUGACUGGCGCAGCUGGACCCAGCUCAUGCAGGGCACCUCUGCUGUCAUCGAAGCCAUGGGAGACUGGAAGUACCAAUCUUGCUUCACCGACUUCAUUGCUGAGAGCUGCACGUUCCCCACUGCUCCCGCCUCUCCUGAGCCCGAGCACCGCCCCAGCCAGCCUCGCAAGGAUGAUCUCUAUGCCUUCCAGAAGACUGUUGAGCAGCUUACCAAGGUUGAGGCUCACCUCCACAACCACGGUGAGGACAUCAGCCAGAUGCAGCACCUCAUUGGCUUCCUCAAGGGAUCUCGCAAGAUCACCGCUACCAUGUCUGUCGCCCAGCAGUUUGAGCGCCUCCAGCCUCUCCGUACCUGGCUCUUCUGGCUGCCCGUCAGCCACCUGCAGCAGUACCAGGGCGCUCCCAACUCGCUUGUCGUCAUUGCCCACCUUUACACCGUGGCUCUGCACAUGGAGCGUCUCUUCCCCGAGAUUGGCGCCGCCUACUUUGGCAGCAUGUCCAUCAUCCCCGUCGAGUCCAUUGCUCGUCGCCUCAUGGCCGUUGGCGGUUCUUCUCAGUCCAAGAUUGAGGCUCAGACUCCUCUGACCCUCAUGGAGUUCCCCAUUGACACCGUUACCGAGUUCCGCACUCGCAUGGGCUGGAACACACCUGAGCGUACCCAGUCGUUCCCUCAGUUCAACCCUCCCAACUUCCACAUCAACGAGGAGCUUGCCAUGGCCCCCAUCUCUGAGCCCUACACGCUCUACAGCAACCCUGCUUUUAGUUACAGUGGCGAGGAGAUGGCCAUGCUGAACGCCCCCAUGCCCACCACCCAGGUCGAAGGAAGCCCUCUUAUGGCGUCUUCCCCCUUUGUCGGACAGCAGUACCUCAACGUGCCUUCGCCCUCGUUCGCUGCUUACUCGCCCGCGUCCUCUACUUUUGAGGGCUCCGUGGCCUACAGUGACCCCGAGGACUUUGGUACUUUUGACAUGCCUGCUUUCCCGGCUGACCAGUCGACCCUGUUUGGGGAUGCGCAGAACAACUUUGGCGUCGGGUUCGUUUCCCCCCAGCAGACCGUGUGGAUUUGAGCCAUGUCGGCAGCCUGCCCCCUUUGAGACAAAGAGACAGACGGAUUGACACUUUUUUUUCUACUUUUCAGGCCUUCUUCAUCUACCGCCCAGUCGUACUCGUUUUACGGCAUGGGUCCGCGCAGCGUCUCGGCAGCCUCUCUGCCCACAGACUUGACUCUGAGCAUGCUUCCUCGCCCAGAGUCGCCGCUGCAAAGCUCGCCUGCACAGUUUCGACACCGUCAUACUGCUUCUCUCUCCUCUGGGCCCCAUGCUUCUUCUCCUCUUCGUCAAGCGCCUCUGUUUGCACAAGACGAUAAGAACGGGAAGCGACGAGCUCUUUGAUCUUGAGCGACAUCUUCUGCUUUUUGCUUUCACAAACUUGUUUUGGUUUUGUUUUUUUCUGCUUGCUUCAUUUUUUUCAUCUCUUUUGCAACAAGAGCACCAUGUAUCACACUCCUUACACACUCGCUUAUCUCCAACUCGUCUACUAUUGUUGACGCACGAUACCUUCCUUCCGAGUUGAUCUCGAAACACACACUUUUGCCCUCACGGGCCCUGUAUUAUUUUUAAUACGUUGCUAUCCUUGACGACACUAAUAUGCCCAGCGUGGCACGACACUCCUUUAUGAUACCCACACCAUCUCACGAUGAUGAAUGCACUCCUUAUGAACAACAACAUAGACACUCCUUGGCAUGAACAUACAACUUUUGGGCAUUACACUGGCCGUACAUGGGCCUCUUGCAUAGCGAGCGAUUUUGAUUUUUUCUGAUCUUUUAUGAUUUUCUGGUUUAUUAGCAUGGCGUUUGGAAACAUGUAUUACUGAGAUUAGCCGCGAUGGCAAAAAUGGCUUUUGUUUGAUUUGAUUAUGGAUGAUUUGGAUUACUGCGGAGGAUUUAAUACCAGACCGAACUUUUUGACUUCGAAUUUUCUGUUCUUUAAUAUGUGACUGUCUUUUACUUGUAUCUCUAUAAAUCCAUACUGGUUGAAUUAGUCUUGGUUUAUCGACAGAACCACUGGUGCCGAUGAGACCGAUCACCACUACCAGAAUUAUCCCUCACGAUAUCUCUGAGAGCAGUAUCUAUGCGUGCUUUAAUCCUAUGUGGCGAAACUGUGCCAUAUACCAUGACAGUGGCGUCGAGUAGGAAUCAUCCAGGCCGGUGGUGGUUUGCUCUACUCCCUGCCUCCCAACCGUCACGACGCCUCACUGUGUAACAGGGUAUACAUACAGUUUGUUAUUAUUCAGCUUAUUGUCACAUUGAAUACAUAAGUCAGGGACGAUCGAAAAAUGGAAGAGUGAAAAAGAUAUGUAUUCAUGAUUGAUCCAACGAGUGAGUGAUAGGACAACCCCAUUGUCUAUCCAUCCAUCCAUUCAUCCCAACAAGAAACCAGCCGUGGCAGAAACUUGAGCCACAGUUUUCGGUAAUAGCAAAACGAGGUUCAUAGAGCAAAAAAAAAAAGAGGUAAUAUCAAACAAUGCUUAUGUGAGUGAAGAAAACACGCCCGGCGCCAAUGCAAGUAAUCAGUAGUAGUAGUAGUAAUCCCAUCCAUCGCUAAGCAGAAAAAUAAAAGACAUCAGAGAAAAAGAGAGAAAGGCAGUUGGAGACUAGAAAAGACAAAAGACUUGUAUAUCAUCCGUCGUGUAUGGGUCUCACUUUCCAGAGUAUGUAUGCACAGACGUACUCAUUGCAAUCACGAUUCUUGCUCGGAGUCAGACUCGCUGGCUGAGUCGGUUUCGGCGGCCUCAACCUCUUCGCCUACGGCAUCGCGGUAGCUCGGUACAGGAGACAGUCGCUGUGCGGCGGCGGGUGGUGCUGGGGGCACGGGGAUAGCAGCCGAGUUGUUCCUGCUGCGGUUAACAACAUGGAUCAAGGGUUCCUCGUCGCUAUCGGUGCUGUUGCGGCGAGACCGCUCGCUGUCGGAUUGAGUGGGACUGGUGUAGUCUGGCGGAGGGUUGGUGGCGUCUUCGAGGUGCAGUCGGAGUGGGUUGCUGUCGUGUUCUGUUUCAUGGCUGGCCUCGUCGGCUUCGUCGGUAGGGACGAGCUGGGCCAGCGAGAUGUCGGUAGAACUGCGAGCAGGACCAGGGCUGGUUGGUGGGAGGAUGCGAAAGUUGCCGCUUCGAGUUCGGCCGUGGCGAGCUGCGCUGGGGACGCUAUAAGUUGAGCCGCUGAAUGAGUUUCCGUGACGGUGGCCGUGAGAUGAUGGGGUAUAGGAAUCCUUGUUGCCCGUUUCCAAAAGGAUACUACCCUGUUCAGAGCCGUACGGAGGAGGUGGCGCAAGGCUUCCAGUUACCGGAGCAAGACCCCAUUUCUUGACAUUGGCCUCGAUAAAGACGAAGCCGGCCUGACCGAGGUUGACGUGGACGGUGGCAGGGCCGGUUGCUCCGAUGGCGGGGAAGAAGUUUUGCGACUUGAGGCCAUGGACAACCUCUUCGAGACGUUUGCCGUUGCGAGUAAAAAAGAUGGCACCAGUGCGAGGUCGGUAUCCAACACCGACGACAUCGCCUUGAACGAGAGCCGGGCCGUAGGGUGUGGAAGUAAAGGGCUGGUUAUAAUGACGCGAACCGUCAGAGUGGUAGGCGACUGAGUAUUUAUGCAGGCCUAGACGACGAGUUAGAGACGGGUGUACACCGGAAUUGCACAAUAUAAAAAUGAGGCAUACCAGGAAGACGGAAUAGUGGGUAUGGCUUUGUGGCCAUGCCGAUGCCAAGCGUGGUAGAUUCGGGCUUUUCGUAAAUCUUGGCUUCCCAGUAGUAAACGUCGUUUUGUUUGGGGACCGGCAGGUUGCACAUGACUGUACAUUCCGAGUCGUAGAAUUCGAUUUCUGUUCGGCCUUCGACGAAGCAGUUUGCGAUUUCAAGCUCGGGCUCAAACUCCCAGGCAGAGAUGCCCUUUUCCUGGAUGGCGAGGUAUUGUGAGAGAGAGAUGUCGGUCUGCAAGGACUCGGGCGGGUUUGCUGUUACAAAUGCUGCGGCGGGUUAGAUCGAUAGAAAUAAAAGAGAGUGGGAGAGCGCGUUUGGAUCCAACGAACCUUUUGCUCUGAGAUAUUCGGUUCUGGCCAUGUCGUCCAUGGUCAGCAGAGCCUCUUCCUCGUCGCGGAGAAACUGCUGCUCGUCAUCGUACUCGCCGGGCCGGCCAAAGCGGUCGAGCAAAAUACGGCUUGAGCCCGCGCAUCCUGAAGCCCAAAAGAUGAAUAUGACGAGGGAGAUGAGGAUUAUAGAGCCGAAGGAGGAGACGAGGCCGAUGAUGAUGCCUGUGAGGGCGGAUGAGGGAUCGGGUCGGUAGGAAUCCAUGGUGGCGUAGCGUCACUGACUGGUGCAGCAGCAGCGGCGGGCGGCGGCACGAGCGAUGAUGAUGAUGAUGCUGGUGACAGUAUGGAGAGCGACGAUUAUUUCGAGAAAAUACUGGGCGGGGCUACCGCCGUAGCGGGCAAGAGUCGUGAGGAGCGAGCUGCGGGAAUGGGCGUGUGUCGAGGGCGACCGAGUUUGGUUUUGGAGAUGAUGACGAAGGCGGCAGCCGCGUGGCGAAAGCGGUCGGGCGGGCGACGGAGCGAGCGAGCACCAGGCGACGGAGGCACGCGGGAGAAGAAAGAAAAAAAAGAAGAAGAAGAAGAACCGCGAUGAGAUGAAGCCGCGAUGAAUGCAACGGCGGUGACGAUGAGCGGAGGAGAGGAGGAGGAGUGAAGAGAAGGGAAGAAAAAGCAAAGGGUUGGAUGGUUGGUGGUGUUGGAUGGUGUCUGGUUGGGCCUGGGCUUUGGGUGGUGGUUGUUGGUUUGGCGCCAAGGCCAAGUCAGUGGACAGACAGCAGACAAGGCAGGGCGCAGGGCAGGCAGCCAGUCGCUAGUCACAGCGCUAGGAUUAGUGGUGGC